UUGAGAUGGGAACACGAAGCACAACCGCAGGAGAGGAACGGGGAAUGUCUGGAUAAACUGUACAUUGACACGGAACCGCGAAAACAUGGGGUGACAAGGCAAAACAAAUUAGAAUUAAUUAUCAAUUUCGAAUAGCAACAGGAGAAAGGAAUUUUGUCGUGGGAAAAUUAUAUCGUUCGCGGGUUUCUCUCUUUUUAUGCCAUUCUCCUUGGACGAUGCUGGUACAAAGGGCUAGGAACAACUGGAGGCGAUAAUGGAACAGGGAUGUUGUCAUGUGAAUGAACGAGGAUCAUCAAUGAUGGAAUAAAGUGAAUUGAAUAAGAAAAUGUAAAGUAAGUAGUUGCAGAGCCGUUAUCACUUUCUCAUCACACGGAAGAUCCAGAUCCGCUCUAGAUCCUGAUCAUCCGCUCAGGAGGACAGAUGCUGUCAUUGUGUCGAGACAGAUUUUUUUUUCUCAUUCUGCAAGUGGCCUUUCAGGAAUAAUGCAGAACAGGCGUUUGACUGGAAAUACUUCUAUUUCUAUUGUUGACAAUACAAUAUAUUUUGUCUGCGAAAUCGGUAAAGACGUGUGACAACAGUUAAAGUGUCCGUUUUUGAACCGCUUUAUCAUACCAUUAAAAUGAAUGGUUUUUUUCUAUUGUAGAUUCUCUAGGUACAUUCCGAUUUUCCCCUGUUGGAAACUGGAUGAUAGGCGAGAAAUACGGCUACUGGUGACAUCACCCGGGUCAGAUCUGUAUUGCUAUACAGUAAAUGUCAACAAUGGUGGAGCCGGUGGGAUUUAUUGAAGCGUGGAAAGCUCAGUUUCCCGAGUCAGACCCCCCAAAGAUGGAGCUCAGGUCGGUGGGGGGCAUUGAGCAGGAGCUGGAGAAGUGCAAAGCCUCCAUCCGGCGGCUGGAGAUGGAGGUGAACAAGGAGCGCUUCCGUAUGAUCUACCUGCAGACACUGCUGGCUAAGGAGAGGAAGAGCUAUGACCGCCAGCGCUGGGGUUUCAGGAAGGCCCAGAUGAAUGAGGUAGGGGACCAGGCAGGGCUGGGCGCUGAGUCUCAGCAGCCACACGUACAGGAACAAGGGGAGCGGAGCCGGUUCCAACCGGUGGGGGAGGCCAGGUCCAAACAGAGACCCCCUACAGCCCGGAAGUCAGCCUCCCACGGUGACGAGCUGGAGCUCCAGUCUGCCUUCGAGGUGCCCCAGCAGGUAGAGCCCUGCGAGACAGACGGCCUCUCGCCCUCCAAACAGAAAGGGGGUAUCUCCCCUCGCCGUCCAAACCCACCCUCAAACAAGGACCUAGCGUCUGACCCCAAUGACAAGCUUGGCAUGGGGCUGGGGGUGGCAGCGCUGAGGUCCAACUUUGAGAGGAUCAAGCGGGCCAACUCUCACUCUGCCGGGGAUGGAGGGAAGAGCCAGGAGAAGCAGCAGCAGCCCUUCUACACCAACAUGGAGUUUCACCAUGACAGGGGCCUGGUCAGGGUCAACGACCGAGACGUCUCUGACAAGAUCAGCACCCUGGGCAGCCAGGCCAUGCAGAUGGAGCGCAAGAGGUCCCUGCACUCUCUGCCAGGCAACCUGGCCACUGUGGCAGGCGAGCUCCGCACCCGUCCUGUCUACAGGGGGCGCUCUACAGAGAGCACUUGUGGGUACGAUGCUGAGUAUGAGGACGGGGACCCCAACCCACGCCACCCCAAGACCAACGGGGGAAAACAGCCCCCUCCACCCCCAUGGCAACCCUCUGACUUCCAGCCUUACACCAGCGUCUACGUGGGCGGGGUGAUGAUGGGCGAGGGCGGGGGGGAUGGGAAAGGGGGCGUCACCAUGAGGAACCACGUUGGAGACGAGCACCACCUGACCUGGCCCCGGCGCUCCUACUCUCCUGGGAGCUUUGAGGACGUGGGGGGCGGAGGCGGCGGCUACACACCAGACUGCAGCUCCAAUGAGAACCUGACGUCCAGCGAGGAGGACUUCUCGUCUGGCCAGUCCAGCCACGUGUCGCCCAGCCCCACCACGGCCUACCGCCGGCCUUUCAGGGAGAAGAGCCGCUCGCCCUCGCAGAACUCACAGAACUCCCAGCAUUCUAUUGACAGCAGCAGCCCCCCCACGCCACAGUCCCAGAAGCGUCCCCACCGCCAGCAGGGCCAUGUGGUCAUGUCCGAAGCCACCAUCGUGAGCGUCCGUAAGACCGGCCAGAUCUGGCCCCCGCUCGAACCGGACACCACGCCGACCAGCAGAGCCCCUCAUGACAGCAGUUUCCAUGGAGACCUGGACGGUCCGUUCACGGGGACCCCUCCCACUUAUGGUUAUGAUGCAGACCGUGCGGAGGAGCAGAGGCGCCACCAUGACAUCCUGCCCUACAUCGAUGACUCGCCCUCCUCCUCGCCACACCUCAGCUCUAAGAGCCGCAGCAGCCGAGACACCCUCUCCUCUGGAUCCCUUGAGUCCUCCAAGUCGACGGAGUUGGACCUGGAGAAAGGCCUGGAGAUGAGGAAGUGGGUUCUGUCUGGGAUCCUGGCCAGCGAGGAGACCUACCUCAGCCACCUGGAGGCACUGCUACUGCCUAUGAAGCCUCUGAAGGCAGCAGCCACCACGUCCCAGCCGGUGCUGACCAUCCCCCAGAUCGAGACCAUCUUCUUCAAAGUGCCUGAGCUCUACGAGGUCCACAAGGAGUUCUACGACGGCCUGCUCCCCCGGGUGCAGCAGUGGAGCCACCACCAGCGUGUGGGGGACCUCUUCCAGAAACAGGCCAGCCAGCUGGGAGUGUACCGGGCCUUUGUGGACAACUACGAGGUUGCCGUGGAGACGGCGGAGAAGUGCUGCCAGGCAAACACGCAGUUCGCUGAAAUCUCUGAGAACCUCAAGGUGAGGAGCACCAAGGACGUGAAGGACCAGUCAGCCAAGAACUCUCUGGAGACUCUCCUGUACAAGCCAGUGGACAGAGUGACCCGCAGCACCCUGGUUCUGCACGACCUGCUCAAGCACACGCCCUGCAGCCACCCGGACCACCCCCUGCUCCAGGACGCGCUCCGCAUCUCCCAGAACUUUUUGUCCAGCAUCAACGAGGAGACCACGCCCAGACGCCAGUCCAUGACCGUCAAGAAGGGAGAGAACCGCCAGCUGCUGAAGGACAGCUUCAUGGUGGAGCUGGUGGAGGGAGCCAGGAAGCUCCGUCAUGUUUUCCUCUUCACCGACCUGCUGCUCUGCGCCAAGCUCAAGAAACAGAUCGGAGGGAAGAGUCAGCAGUAUGAUUCCAAGUGGUACAUCCCUCUGUCAGACCUGACCUUCCAGAACGCAGAUGAGUCAGAGCCUCUGCACAUCCCCCAGGUGCCUGACGAGGAGCUGGACGCCAUGAAGGUCAAGAUCUCUCACAUCAAGAGUGAAAUCCAGAGAGAGAAGAGAGCCAACAAAGGGUCAAAGGUGAUUGAACGGUUGAGAAAGAAGCUGUCCGAGCAGGAGUCUCUUCUGCUGCUCACCUCCCCCGGUAUGGCCCUCCGAGUACACAACAGGAACGGCAAGGGUUACACGUUCCUGAUGUCAUCCGACUACGAGCGGGCCGAGUGGAAGGAGACGAUCCGGGAACAGCAGAAGAAAUGCUUCAAAAGCUUCUCCCUGACCUCCAUGGAGCUACAGAUGUUGACCAACUCCUGUGUGAAGCUGCAGACUGUCCACCACAUCCCGCUCACCAUCAACAAAGAAGGUCAAGAAGAUGAAUCGCCUGGCCUCCAUGGAUUCCUGAAUGUAAUCGUCCACUCUGCCUCGGGCCUCAAACAGAGCCUGAAUCUGUACUGCACGUUAGAGGUGGACUCCUUUGGCUACUUUGCGAACAAAGCCAAGACGCGGGUGUAUCGGUACACCACAGAGCCCAAAUGGAACGAGGAGUUUGAGAUAGACCUUGAGGGCUCUCAGACCCUGAGGCUGUUGUGUUAUGAGAAGAGCUACAACAAGACCAAGCAGAUCAAAGAGGACGGAGACAGCACCGACCGCAUCAUCGGCAAAGGACAGAUCCCGCUGGAUCCGCAGACGCUCCAAGGCAAAGACUGGCAGAGGACGCUUAUCCCCAUGAACGGGAUCGAGGUGAAGCUCUCUGUGAAGUUCACCAGCCGGGAGUUCAGUCUAAAGAGGAUGCCGUCACGGAAACCCAUGGGCGUGUUCGGAAUCAAGAUCUCCACGGUGACCAAACGGGAGCACUCCAAGGUGCCCUACAUCGUCAGACAGUGUCUGGAGGAGAUUGAGCGGAGGGGGAUGGAGGAAGUGGGCAUCUACAGGGUCUCAGGGGUGGCUACAGACAUCCAGGCCCUGAAGGCUGCCUUUGAUACCAACAACAAAGACGUGUCUGUGAUGAUGAGUGAGAUGGAUGUGAACGCCAUCGCCGGGACUCUGAAGCUGUACUUCAGAGAGCUGCCAGAACCCCUCUUCACCGAUGACCUGUACCCCAACUUCGCAGGAGGCAUUGCCCUGUCUGACAGCGUUGCCAAAGAGAGCUGCAUGCUGAAUCUACUGUUGUCGCUGCCAGAACCCAACCUGGUCACGUUCCUUUUCCUGCUGGAUCACUUGAAGAGGGUGGCUGACAAGGAGAGCAUCAACAAGAUGUCCCUCCACAACCUGGCCACGGUGUUUGGCCCCACCCUGCUGCGUCCUGCAGAGAAGGACAGCAUGAUCCCCACCAACCCCACGCAGCCUAUCAGCAUGGGAGACAGCUGGUCCCUGGAGGUCAUGUCACAGGUCCAGGUGUUGCUGUACUUCCUCCAGCUGGAGACCAUCCCCACGCCGGACAGUAAGCGUCAGAGCAUCCUCUUCUCCACCGAAGUGUAGAGGGUUCCACAGGGAGAUAGAGACUCAAACCCGAGUCUACAGUACAGUAUGUCCAUUUGGGAAGGCCACUGAGAGUGAGAAUGGCCCUAGCUGGACUGGACUGCAGCAGGAGAUUUCUUCGCCGUUGAUUCUGGACAUAUCCUGCAGAGGGCGCCACCACCCCCUCCGUGAACAAGAGGUUGACACCAGUACCACACAUCUGAUGAUGAUAAUGCAUUAUUACAUCACACCCAAUAGCAAGUGUGACUCUCUGUGCCUGUCUCACGCAACAUAUUCUCCACUCCUCCUCGCUCUGUCUUUUCGCUCUCAUGUCAAAGCUCCACAGCUUGUGUACGGUGUCUGGAAUGAAUGCUACUACUGGACAUGCCCGUUGUAACCACAAAUUAAACACUUCAAUUUGAUACUGAUAAGCAUGUAGGGGAAAAGAGUGUCCCAGGUUAGUUUUUAGUUUUUUUGGUAUCGGCUCCUGCUUGGUAAGCAGAGAAACAGCUAUUGUGUAACUUAUGACAGAUUCCGUGAUUUCUCAUCACACUUUUGGGCUUCUCCACUUUAAGUUAUUGUUGUGGAAGGUAAUCCUCAGUUCUUCUCGAUUUAGUUUGAAGACUUAUACAGGCAGAGCAGAAAUGCAAUGCUUUUGUUGUUUUCGUUUUGCACUGUAUGCCUCUUCAGAAAUAGCCAGAUUGUGAUGGACAUCACAUACACAGUAUAUUUGUUUUUUGGACAAUUAUGAAGGCAAGAGCCUGCGCUGCGUUUUGUUUAGGCCAUCUCAAAUGUUUGAGUUAUUUCUUAAUCCACCGCUGGAGAGAUUCAAUCCGUAUGUUUUACACGUGAUACACUGGGACCACAAUGCUAAGGUUACGUUGAAAAGGAACCAUCUGGGUCCUCUGAAGAGGUUCUGAUAGGAACAUCCAGAGCUGCCAGGAUCACCACACAGUUGUCCCAGGAAUCCAAAACUCACACACACACACACACACACACACACACACACACACACACACACACACACACACA